GCCAAGAAAACGAAUCCAGCGAAGAAGAAGAAGAAUCUGUCCGGCAUUUUCUUUUCUACACGGAAGUGCGAACUUUGUGGCUUUGUGGUGUGACCGACGACCUCUGCUUGUGACCUACAUUUAUUGCCGGCUCUUCGUCGCAUCGCUGAGAAAAUGGGUGUGCAGAUCAUUCCGAUUGCCAACGGUGACCAAACCACGUUCCCGAAACCAGGUCAAACGGCUGUGGUUCACUACACCGGGACCCUCGACGACGGAACCGUUUUCGAUUCUUCGCGCACCCGCGGCAAGCCGUUCAAGUUCGCGGUCGGCAAGGGCGAGGUUAUCCGGGGCUGGGAUGAAGGAGUUGCCCAGAUGUCUGUGGGCCAGCGCGCCAAAUUAGUCUGCUCGCCGGAUUACGCCUACGGAAGCCGUGGCCACCCGGGUGUCAUCCCGCCGAACGCUCGGCUGACCUUCGACGUGGAGCUGCUGCGGGUAGAGUAGAGAGACUGUGCGGCCGUACGAUAAUCAACAGCGCGCCCCUAUUAACCAAACCACAGAACCGACCGGCACCAGCGUAAGCGCCAACAUCCUACCUAACACGUAACAAGCAAUCGAACCGGACCGUGAAGCGAAGCAGUCAGUGCGAGGGCAGAGCGGGAGUCGUAAAACGAGAAGGAAGAAAUAUUCUUAUCACUGACAUUGA